AUGAAGUGGACACUGAUUAUAGUGACUCUUUGCAUGUAUUCAUUACAUGCAAAUUCAGAUCUUGAUACUGUCAAACAAUUGUUGACAGAUUUGAAAACUAAUGUGUAAUUAGAUAUUGAGGCCUUGGAUGCAGCUUGGGAAUUGCAUAAGAAAAAUAAACAAUCUGUAAUCGAUGCCUUAGGUUUUUCAGCAUCUGAAUAAAGAAGUGAAUGUGCAAAGAAGGAUGACGAUGUUUAAAGCAAAUAGAGGGAUAUCAAAAUAACAAAUGAUUUUGUCUCUUGGAUGUAAAAAAGAUAAGGAUUGAAUUCUUAAAGAUUAGGAGUAUUGGAAGUGAAUAGGUACAUAAAUCAUCUAUCAUAGAUGUUAAGCUAGCAACAAUUAUGUACAUGACAUCAAGAAUUACAAAAUAGCAUUGGCAUUGGUCAGAUUUUUGAGAGAACAAUUAGAUAAGUUUGAUUCUAAUGCAACAGGUGCCUAAAAAUAAGAAUUCUUAUAAAGAGUACAUAAAUUUGUGUAAAUCUAUCAAACAGGAAAGCUUUUGACAAUGGUUGAUAGUUUAGAAAUGAAAGAUGAUGGUUCAUAUGUAUUACCAGACAUUGAAGGUGAAGAAUAAGAUUUGACAGAAUCUGUAUUAAGUCAUACAAGAGGAAGGAGAAAUGCUAAUAAAAUACUUCUUUAAUAAUAAUAAACAACAGUUAUGGCAUCUGGUGAUGGUGAUGAUAAAGCCGAUAGUGCAGUUGUUCUUAUUCCUGGUUAAUGUGAUGAUUCUAUUAACACUGUUGUAGUAGUUUAAAAUGAUGAUGGAACAGAUGGUGACGAUGAUAUACAUAUAAGAUUUACAAAUGGUGGUGGUUAAGGAGGAUCAUCAAAACCAAAACCAUAACCAAAGCCAUAACCUAAACCAUAACCUUAAGAAGAAUCAGAUGAUACAGAAGAAGAAUCAGAUGAUGUAUCAGAAGAAUAAGGAGACUUAUCUGAAGAAUAAGGAGAAUAAUCAGAAGAAGAUUAAUAACCUGAAGAUGAUACACCAGAAGAUUAACCUGAUAGUAAUGAAGAAGGAUCAGAAGAAGAAGAUCAUAAAUAAGAUGAUGAACCAACUCAUCCAACAGGAGAAGAUGAUGAUGAUACAAAUGAUGAUGAAGAUGAUAAUGAUAUUGGUGAUGAUAAUGAUAAUGGAGAUGGUGGAGAUUCUAAUCAAACAAAUAAAGAUAAUGGUGGUGGUUAAAAAUAAACUGAAGAAGAGGAGGAUUUAAGUGUAUUAUAUUUAUAUUUAUAUAAUCUAGGAUAUUAGAAAAUUAUUAGAUGCAAUUGAAAAACAUUCUAAAAAAUCAUUAGAUUUAGAAUAAGAAGAUGAAGUCAGAAGUUCUAUGAUCUAUAUUGAUUUCAAAUUACAUAUUGAAUUAGAAAAUCAAUACUUUGAUAAAUAAAUUGCUGGAGAAAAAGAAAAUUUAGUAUUCAUUCUAUAUUUAUUUCUAGAUUAAACUCACAAAUCAAUUAACUAGUAGAGUUGGAAUUGCAAGACAAUGUAAUGCAAGACUUAAGCAAAUCACUAUUGCUUAUUAAGUUAGCCAAGAUGUAUCUAUUUAUAUUAAUAUUCUUAGGAUUACAAUGAUUCUUAUUAACAUUACUUGGAACUCAGAAAAUAAAAAGAGGAAGAACUUGCAACCUUUGAUGAUAUUUACAGAAUUUAUACCACUUAGGUUGUUUGAAUUUUACACCAUAAAUCAUAAAAUUAUCCAAU